AUGCCCUCUCUCGAAACAUGCCACAUCCACUAUUAUGCCACAUCGCCUCUACCUUCCGUAUUAAUCGAUAUGGUUCGACGAUCCUCGAUUUCGCUGAAACAAAUAAGGCUUGAACUAUUGCAAGAGCAUUCAAGCUCAUUUAGGGACUCUCCACUUCUGCUCGAUAUCUUGCAAGCUGUCCCAAAAUUGACUCGUUUUGAGUUGUCCUUGAAUACCGCAUUUGUCGAUGACAUAGUCUCCGUUCUCCUUUCCAAAUUCGAAGACGGGUCUCCCGAUUUUCUCCCACUCCUUGACUAUUUCUCCCUCGAACUUUCGUAUGUCACGCUGAACACGCAAGUCGUGGAGCGCAUACUGGAGGUGGUGUCUGCAAGGCAGCGUACAUUCCAUCCUUUGGCGGAGUUUCGCUUCACGCGUUUUGAUGAGUUCACGCAAGUCAAGCCGGAGAGAUUUGUCAUGGAGCCAGAACUGAUCGAAAGGAUAAGGAUACUUGAUGAGGGUCAUGUCAAGGUCGUUAUUCAGGACUGUGUAAAACCCUGA